AUGGCGUUGGCUAUAGUUAAGUUCGCUACUAGUACUGUGUUUUUAAUCGUCCUCUUUACCAAUACAUAUAUCUGUUUAUGCAGGUGUCCUCCGCAGGAAUACGAAGCUCUUCUAUCCUUCAACAUCACCUUAACUUUCCCCGCGGGCUAUGGCUAUGAAUGGGCGAAUGGAACAGACUGCUGCGAGUGGUAUGGCAUAGAAUGCGACGAGCACAAGAACCAUGUGGUGGAGAUAAGGUGGAUGCCAGAUCGAAACGGCUAUGGUGCAGAAGGAGGAAUCAUGUCUGACAACCUCUGCAAAUAUCCUUCUCUUACAGGAAUAGUGAUAUCAGACGUGGGAUUGAUAGGUAAUCUUCCUUCAUGCUUGGGAAAACUCCAUUUUCUUGAGGAUAUAAUUAUAGAGUACAAUGGGUUGGGUGGGGUAAUACCCCUUAGCAUUUGUAUGCUCACAAAUCUCAGUUACAUUAGUCUUAGAGGGAAUCAACUGAGUGGAAGCUUGCCAUCUUGUUUGAACAAUCUUUCUUCUUUGAGAUCUCUCCAAAUUUCAGACAAUCGAUUGAGUGGCCAAAUUCCAUUUACAUGGGGCAAUCUCCCUUUGCUUGAGUUCUUGGAUGUUUCCUUCAACCAAUUGAGAGCGACUCUUCCGUUGUCAUUUGCAGGGCUGUCCUCCCUUACUGACCUCCAUGCCCGUGGAAAUAGAUUUAAUGAGAGUGCCCCUUCUUGGGGCUUACCAUCCUCUAUUAAACUUCUCUCUUUCUCAUUAAACCAUGAGCUCACAAUUUCAGAGAUUUUUUUCCGUAACCUUACCAAUUUAUGGCGUUUAUCUCUAUCCAAUAGCACACUAAAUAUUAGUACAUCGUGGAUUCCCAACUUCCAGCUCUCUGAGUUAGAACUUGUGUCAUGUAAGAUGGACGGUCAAAUUCCACCAUGGAUUUCAACUCAGUUCUCGUUGUAUUCCUUGACAUUAGCUGACAACGGUCUUGUUGGAGAAAUUCCCUCUUGGCUAUGGGCCAUGGCUGCUUCCUUUGAUGAACUAAAUAUAUCACAGAACCAUUUGCAUGGGUCCCUUUUCCCAAAUGGUCCGAAUUCUGGGAUAGGAAUCUUGGAUGUGUCUAGCAAUGCAUUAAGUGGAAAUAUACCUUCCGAGUGGCCAGCUCUAACAAAACUAAUUGAGGGGCCUCCUCUUCAAUUGAUGCUCAAUGAUAAUUUGUUUACCGGUAACAUUCCUCCAAGCUUGUGCAAUUCGUCUCUAUGGUUACAGUUACAUCUUGAAAAUAACAUGUUGGAUGGAAUGAUUCCUUGGUGUUUAAUUGAGGAUGGAUCACGCAUUUAUGACUUAAAUUUAGGAGGUAAUAGUCUUGAGGGAAGCAUGCCCCAACGGCUAAUCUUCUCGUCUAGCAUUCAGUACUUGGUACUUAAAAAUAAUCAGCUCAGCGGAAUCUUCGCUCCCUCGUUUACCAAUUAUACAUUUUUGCAACUACUUGAUAUUGGGCAAAACAAUUCUCCGGACAUCUUCCAAAGUCAAUUGGGAAUAUUUCAUCUCUUCAAGUGCUGCAUAGAGGAUGGCUAUGUUUUGCUGAGUAGUCUGCCAUAUGAGGGUGGUAAUAGCCGUAGCUCCUCUCUUGGUGGACUGGGUAUGGCCUCCAAAGGUACAGAACUAUACUACACAUAUAUUCUUUCCACGCUCAUUAGCAUAGAUCUCUCCAACAAUCAAUUGAAUGGAGAUGUUCCUCUUGACCUUGGAAAGUUGAACGGGUUGAGGUUUCUGAAUCUAUCCAUGAACAGUCUUAAUGGAAUUAUUCCACAUAGUUUGGGGGAUAUGAGUCAACUUGGAAUCGGAUGCCCACUUCCAAAGAACUGCAGUUGGCCCAAAUUUGCAUCUCCUCGUCCUGUGAGCUCUCCUGAAAAUAAAGAUGAUGAGGAGAGCCAGCAAAUACCGCGGAGAUUAUGA